AUGGCCACAGCAUCCUCGCAAAAUUUGUUGGAACACUUAAUUGACUCCAAAGAACAGGGGGAGCCUCAGGAGUUUCUGAGCUCGUUGGAGAAAAUCAUUCUCACCAUCUUCUUGACCAUCAUCAUUGUUAUGACUGUGUUCGGUAACUUGUUGGUGAUGGUGGCCUUGUGCAAAGACAGGCAUCUCCGUAAAAAGAAGACCAAUUACUUUAUUGUUUCACUGGCGUUCGCUGACCUGCUGGUGGCGCUGGUGGUCAUGCCGUUUGCUGCCAUUGAGCUGACCACAGGGGAAUGGCGUUAUGGGGAGAUCUUCUGCCUGGUGCGCACCUCUCUGGACGUCCUGCUGACCACCGCCUCUAUCCUCCAUCUGUGCUGUAUCGCCUUAGACAGGUAUUAUGCCAUCUGCUGCCAGCCGCUGGUCUACAGACACAAGAUGACCCCGGGGCGAGUGGCUGUGAUGCUGAGUGGUUGCUGGCUCAUCCCAACUUUCAUCUCCUUUUUACCCAUCAUGCAAAGCUGGAACGCCAUUGGCAUCGAGGACAUAAUUGCGGAGCGGCGAGCUUUAUCCGGCGGCGCUAACGACACCAGCAGCUGCGUGUUCAUGGUGAACUGGCCGUAUGCGCUCAUCUGCUCCGCGGUGGCCUUCUACGUGCCCCUCGCGCUCAUGGUCCUGGCCUAUCAGCGCAUCUAUGUCACCGCCAUGAGCCACGUGCGGCAGAUCGAAACUCUGCAGCGCGCCGGCUCCGCCCCCGUUUCCACCACGACCCCUGUGAUGGCCGUCCGAUCGUCCACCUCCUCAGACCCCCUGGACCACUACAGACUGAGGCCGCCCCAGAGCUCGCUGCCCCCAGAGCACGGGCCCAUGGUGAACAGUCGCAUGCGGAUAGAAACCAAAGCGGCCAAAACUCUAGCUGUGAUCAUGGGCUGUUUCUGUCUGUGCUGGGCGCCAUUUUUCAUCACCAACGUGGUCGACCCGUUCAUCAACUACUCCGUGCCGUGGCAGCUGUGGACUGCGUGGCUCUGGCUGGGGUAUAUCAACUCGGGACUUAACCCCUUCCUGUACGCCUUCUUAAACCGGGCGUUUCGAAGGGCUUUCCUGGUCAUCCUCUGCUGCGGGGAUGAGCGCUACGUGCGGCCGGGCAGCUACUCGUACGGACACACCAACAGAGCGUGCUCCGCUGCGUCCGUCAACGGCACGUCCAUGGCGCUCAGGUAUGUCAUGUAG